AGAUGCCAAAACAGCACCCAGAGGCCUGCCACAGCCACCUAGGCUUCAGUUCCUGGCCUCUUUGUGGCUCAGACUCUGGUCCUAUUGCCUCCUCUUGGGAACUCAGAGCAUCUUCUUUCUCCUUCCUGCUGGGUUACCCAAGGCAGCCGAGCUGCCUCUGUCUCUUUAAGAGAGAAAGAGAGAGAGCAAGAGAACGAAAUCAGGAAGUGUGAGAGAGCUAGGGCUCUGUGCUGAGCUGGGUGUCCCGCUGGCAGGGAGGCAGGGAGGAAACCCACCAGUCCCAGCUCCUGGUGUGACACAGGCCAUUUCAGCUGGCCCUGCCUGUGGGUCUCAGGGGCCUAUGGCCAGCAGCAUGCUAUGAGCACUCCCCAUGAAUGACAGCAAGCCCUGAAAGCCCUGGGGGUGCCACCCAGUCCCACAAGCCUGCAUCCUCUGCAGCUGAGAUGUGCUCAGCUCCUGAACUUGCCACAGACAGAAAGCAUAACACACGCUCGCCAGGGGGAGUCUUUGCCUGAGUCAGUGCCGCUCAGAACGUGGGGUGGAAGGUGGCCAGCCACCCCUGGGUAGGAGAUGCAGAGCACAGUCAAUUACCUGUGGCACACGGACGACCUGCUGGGGCAGGGAGCCACUGCCAGUGUGUACAAGGCCCGCAACAAGAAAUCUGGGGAGCUGGUUGCCGUGAAGGUCUUCAACACCGCCAGCUACAUGCGACCCCGCGAAGUGCAGAUGAGGGAGUUUGAGGUCCUGCGGAAGCUGAACCACCAGAACAUCAUCAAGCUGUUUGCGGUGGAGGAGACGGGGAGCAGCCGGCAGAAGGUGCUGGUGAUGGAGUACUGCUCCAGCGGGAGUCUGCUCAGCGUGCUCGAGAGCCCUGAGAAUGCCUUCGGACUGCCCGAGGAGGAGUUCUUGGUGGUGCUGCGCUGCGUGGUGGCCGGCAUGAACCACCUGCGGGAGAACGGCAUUGUCCACCGCGACAUCAAGCCGGGGAACAUCAUGCGCCUGGUGGGGGAGGCGGGACAGAGCAUCUACAAGCUGACGGACUUCGGCGCGGCCCGGGAGCUGGGUGAUGAUGAGCAGUUCGUCUCGGUCUACGGGACUGAGGAAUACCUGCACCCUGACGUGUAUGAGCGGGCGGUGCUUCGCAAGCCCCAGCAGAAGGCGUUUGGGGUGACCGUGGAUCUCUGGAGCAUUGGGGUGACGCUGUACCAUGCGGCCACCGGCAGCCUGCCCUUCGUCCCCUUUGGUGGGCCACGGCGCAACAAGGAGAUCAUGUACCGGAUCACCACAGAGAAGCCGGCUGGAGCCAUUGCAGGGACUCAGAGGCGGGAGAAUGGGUCUCUGGAGUGGAGCUACACUCUCCCUGUCACCUGCCGACUAUCACUGGGGCUGCAGAGCCAGCUGGUGCCCAUCCUGGCUAACAUCCUGGAGGUAGAGCAGGCAAAGUGCUGGGGCUUCGACCAGUUCUUUGCGGAGACCAGUGACAUCCUGCAGCGAGUGGUCGUCCACGUCUUCUCCCUGUCCCAGGCAGUCCUGUACCAUGUCUACAUCCAUGCCCACAACACGAUAGCCAUCUUCCUGGAGGCCGUCUAUGAGCAGACCAAGGUGGCCCCCCGGCACCAGGAGUACCUCUUUGAGGGUCACCUCUGUGUCCUUGAGCCCAACCUGUCAGCACAGCACAUCACCCACACGACCGCAAGCAGCCCCCUGACCCUGUUCAGCGUGGCCAGUGAGACCCCCAGGGGGCUGGCCUUCAGGGACCCUGCUCUGGAUGUCCCCAAGUUCGUCCCCAAAGUGGACCUACAGGCAGAUUACAACACAGUCAAGGGUGUGUUGGGCGCCAGCUACCAGGCCCUGUGGCUGGCACGGGCCCUGCUGCAUGGACAGGAGCUGAUGCUCCGAGGGCUGCACUGGGUUGUGGAGGUGCUUCAGACCACCUGUAGGCGGACUCUGGAGGUCACACGGACAGCCCUCCUUUUCCUCAGCAGCAGCCUGAGAACCGAGAGGUCCAGCAGUGUGGCUGGGAUGCCUGAGAUCCGGGAACUGCAGAGAGCAGUGGAGCUGAGGUCCAGGCUGCGGACUUUGGCUGAGGUCCUCUCCAGAUGUUCCCAAAAUAUCACAGAGACCCAGAUGAGCCUGAGCAAUCUGAGCUCCGAGCUGGUGAAGAACCGGGAUCAGGUACAUGAGGACAGAAGCAUCCAGCAGAUUCAGUGUUGUUUGGACAAGAUGAACCUCAUCUACAAACAGUUCAAGAAAUCUAGGAUGAGGCCAGGGCUCGGCUACAACGAGGAGCAGAUUCACAAGCUGGACAAGGUGAAUUUUAGCCAUCUAGCCAAGAGGCUCCUGCAGGUAUUCCAGGAGGAGUGUGUGCAGAAGUAUCAGGCAUCCCUGAUCACACAUGGCAAAUGGAUGAGGGAGGUGCACGAGACCAGGAACCACCUGCGCUUAGUGGGCUGCUCUGUGGCUGCCUGCAACACAGAAGCCCAGGGAGCCCAGGAGGGCCUCAGCAAGAUCCUUGACCAGCUAUCUCACCAGCUUCUUCAGGACAGUACAGAGGGGGCACAGGCCUCACCAACCUCCAUAGCUCCUUAUCCCAGCCCUGCACCGAAAGACCUGGUUCUCCACAUGCAAGAGCUCUGCGAGGAGAUGAAGUUGCUGGCAUUUGACCUCCAGGACAACAACCGCAUCAUCGAACGGUUAGGUAGAGUCCCAUCGGCUCCUGAUGUCUGAGCUCUGUGGGGUGCUUGAGGCAUCCUGAACCAUUACAGUGAAACACUGCUCUCCUGCACUGUGGGACCCAACCCAGGAUGAGAUCUGGUCCCAUCUCAUCAGCCUACCUCCCUCCUGGCCAGUGGCCAGGAAAUGUCACUAGCAUUACCGUCCACCACCUUUCCCCCUGAGAAGCAGCACAGCUGGGACUGGGGCACCAGGCCAUCCCUGCCAGGACCCACAGGAAAAAGUAUGACAGUCACCGCCUGGGCUGACCCUUGUUUCUAUCCAGGCUCAGGUACAGCUCUUCUAACCCUGGCCCAUAUGGCCAAACCUGGCUGGGCCAUGGUUAGAAGAGGCUUCCAUAGGCCCUCCCACCCCCUUUGGUUUACAGGACUUCACUCCCCAGGAAACAGGACAGGAGGCCUUCUGGGGUUCCCCCAGGAUGCUGGGUCUAACGACCUAAUCUGUCUUCCUUCCUUUUAAAGUGUUUCACAUUGAACAUAGCUCUCUCCCCUCUCCUGUGAUGUCUGAGGGUCGCCACACUCAGCCCCCAGCAACACACAGCCUCAUUUCCUUCUACUCUUGGUCUGGCUAAGCCUCAGGUUGAGAAAACAGGUGGCUGAGGCCAGGUGCCAGUGCUGUGGGGCCCCUCUCUCUCUCCUGCCAAGGCACCGCCUGGUCCUGGGAUGCCCCCCAGCCAGCAUCAACAGCAGCCACGCCAGCUAGCACAGGCCUGUGCCUUCAAUAAAUGGAAUAAACAUGGCCUUCUUUUCUA